UCUGUCAUCUUCGUUGUCCCCACGAGUCCCCAGGAGCUGUGACAGGGAGCGGGAUCCAUCAGGGCUGUUCCAGCACGGCAGGAGGCUCAGGAUGGGGAUGAAGGGGCUCCUGUCCCCUCCGGUGCUGUGGCUGCUGCUCUGGGUGCAGCCGUGCAGGGGGGCUGCAGAGGUGAGGCUGGAGAACGGCAGCGGACGCUGUGCUGGGAGAGUGGAAGUGAAACACGAGGGACAGUGGGGGACCGUGUGUGAUGAUCUCUGGGACAUGGCUGAUGCCGCAGUGGUUUGUAAGCAGCUGAGCUGUGGAGCUGCUCUCGGAGCUCAUAACUAUGCACACUUUGGACAAGGAUCUGGCCCCAUUUGGAUGACUGAUGUUUGGUGUUUUGGCACCGAGUCUGCCCUGUCUGACUGUAGGCACAACGGAUGGGGUAUAAAUUACUGUUCUCACGGAGAGGAUGCUGGAGUGACGUGUUCAGGAUUUGUCCAGCUGGUUGGAAGACACAGCCCCUGCUCAGGACACGUGUUGAUCCAUGACGGGGACCAGUGGAAAACUGUCUGUGACUCAGACUUUGGUCCCAAAGCUGCUGCUGUGGUCUGCAGGGAGUUGCGGUGUGGAGUAGUCCUGUCCGUCCAUGGGGCAGCUCACAUUGAGGAAAGCAUUGAUGCCCUCUGGGACAGAGAGCUGCAGUGCGUGGGGAAUGAAUCCCACCUCGCCUCCUGCCCCAGGGGACCUCCCACGGACCAGCUCUGCUCCCACGGCCGCGCUGCCGGGGUCACCUGCACACAGUUCACAGGGUUCAGGCUGGUGAACGGCAGCACGGCGUGUGAUGGGAGAGUGGAGGUCCAGGUACAUGAGACCUGGGGCACCCUCUGCGCCUCCAGUUGGGAUCUCUCGGACGCCCACGUUCUCUGUCGUCACCUCAACUGCGGCUUUGCUGAGUCCCUUCCCAGAGGAGAGCAUUUUGGAGGAGGCACCAGCCCCAUCUGGAGAGACUCGUUCCACUGUGAUGGAACUGAAGCCCACCUGGGACAGUGCCCAGUGACCACCCUGGGGGUCUCGCUGUGCUCCCAUGAGAACAUCGCUGCUGUCAUUUGCUCAGGCCCACCCCGCUCUGCAUCCCUGCGGCUGGUGGGUGGAGAGAGCCGCUGCGAUGGGCGAGUGGAGAUCUUCCAGCACGGAACAUGGAGCAGAGUCCUGGACGACCAGUGGGACGAGCAGGAGGCCAGCGUGGUGUGCCGGCAGCUGCAGUGUGGAGAGGCAGAGGGAGCCUACAACCCCCCAAAGCCGGAGAGAGGGACGGGUCCCGUGGGGCUGCGACGGGUGCGGUGCACAGGGCACGAGGACAGCCUGACCCUCUGCAACACCUCGGUGCCAGAGAGUGCGCUGGCAGCAGGGGUGGCAGAGGAUGUGGGGGUUGUUUGCCGGGGGAGCCGGCGGGUGCGGCUGGCAAAUGGGCAAGGGCGCUGCGCCGGGAGAGUGGAGAUCUACCACCAGGGCAGCUGGGGCACCGUCUGCGAUGACGGCUGGGACCUGCCCGAUGCCACUGUUGUGUGCCGCCAGCUGGGCUGCGGGGGAGCGGUGGAGGCGUCUGAUUCCGCUCGGUUUGGGGAAGGCUCCGGGCAGAUCUGGCUGGACGGCGUAAGCUGCUCCGGGGCUGAAGGAGCUCUCUGGGACUGCCCAGUGGAGGCCUGGGGGCAGCAUGACUGCGGGCACAAAGAGGAUGCAGGAGUCAUCUGCUCAGAGUUCGUUGCCCUAAGGCUGGAGAACAGCACUGGCUGCUCUGGGCACCUGCAGGUUCUCUAUAACGGGACAUGGGGCAGCGUUUGCUCCACCUCGAUGACUUCCAAAGAGGUGUCGCUGGCAUGCAAGGAGCUUGGCUGUGGGGACAGAGGGUUUCUUGAUACAAAAAGGAUCUCUGACACGCUGUCUAAUGUCACCUGGCUGGAUCACGUGGAGUGCGGGGAGAGACACAGCUCCUUCUGGCAGUGUCUCUCUGACCCCUGGGACACACAGUCAUGCAAUGACCCACGAGAUGAGACCCACAUCUCCUGCAAUGGGAUGCGGCCAGAAGUGCUCCCAGCCUUGGGGACCGAGUGCCCGAGCUCCACCAGCUGCACAGACAGGGAGAAGAUCCGUGCCAUAGGCGGCAAGGACAAAUGCUCGGGCAGAGUGGAGGUGUGGCACCGCGGCUCCUGGGGGACAGUGUGCGAUGAUUCCUGGGACAUGCGGGAUGCUGAGGUGGCGUGCAGGCAGCUGGGCUGCGGCCCCGCGGUGUCUGCCCUGGGCGAGGCGGCAUUUGGGGAGGGCACGGGCCCCAUCUGGCUGGAGCAGGUGGAGUGCCAGGGGACAGAGCCAUCUCUGCAGGACUGCUGGGCCCAGGCUGGGGACAGGAGACUCUGCCGGCACAAAGAGCACGCAGCUGUGAAAUGCUCAGCUGCACCCACCACGGCAGCACCACCCCCUCGAGCAGAUCCCACCCAGGCCCUCCUGACCAGCAGUGGAAGACUCUCCUUGCCUGUCAUCAUCUGCAUCAUCCUGGGAGCCCUGCUCUGCCUGCUCCUGGCCCUCCUGGUCGGGCAUGUGCGAGGCGCCAGGGCUGAGCGCAGAGGCUUCGACAGAGCUUGGGAGCCCUUCUCUGAGGCCGUGUACGAGGAGAUCGGGUACAGCCCAGUGUGGGAGAAGCAGGCGGGGUUCAGCGGCUCAGGUGGGUGUACGUCCCUCACGGGAGGCACAUUUGGAGGACUCUCUCCCUGGUCCCAGCCAGGGCUGACCCACUGCAGCCCCUGACCCACGGUCCCUGCAGUGCUGGUGCUGUGGGGUGUGUGGGGGGAGAGCAGCCAGGUCCUGGGCCCAGGAGAGAAGCUUCCUCCCUACUAGUCCUGC